AUGUCUUCAGAAAAACUCAUAACUUUCAAGACUAGCGAUGGUGAGGAAUUCAAACUCAAUGAGUCUGUAGCUGUGAGGUCAGAAGUCAUCAAGAACAUGAAAUAUUCGGAAGAAGGUGUUACGAAAGAUCAGUUAAAGAGUUUUGAUCAGGAUUUCUUGAAGAUGAGCCAAUCAGAAUUAGUUGGUGUUCUCCUGGCUGCUAAUUUUUUUGAUGAUAAACAAAUGAAGGAGGUAAUAAUCCAAGAAUUUGCUGAUAGGAUCAAAGGGAAACCAAUAGAGGAAAUACGUGAAGUAUUUGGUAUCGUGAAUGAUUAUACUCCAGAGGAAGAGGAGGAGGUCCGUAGAGAGAAUGCUUGGGCUUUUGAAUGA